AUGGCUUCUGAGUCUCUUCUAUCCUCAAGUGAGGCAUCUAGCCUACCUUCUACACUCAAGAUCAAUAUGACCGCGCUCAACCAGAACCCUUUGAUCACUCCUCCUGAUCCACCAGAACACGAGUUCAGCGCCAAUGUUCCCGGCGAAAACAAGGACGACGACCCGGUGUUGGUGGUUGAUCAGUCAGAGGUCCUCCCACCAACUCCCACCUUGUCACGAAGCUCUUCCCAUUCCUCGUCGUUCCCCGUGCAGGGUCUCUUUGAUUCGGAACCUGGUUCGAUCGCGCCGUCGACCACUGACCCUAGCGCAUACUCAGACACUGAUUGUCCUGACGUAAUAAACUUGAUGAGUCGCGACUACGACCUCAUUCUUCGGGCGGCUGCAAAGGGGCCCCUGGAGUUCCGUGCUUCUGAAAUCUACUCGCUGGAUGACCGGAUGGUGCCGAGGGAGCGUCGCUUGGUUCGUGGAGAUGAGCUCAUCAGAAGAGUGGAGCGCUUCCUCAAAUACCGUAUUGACUGGUUUGAGCCCGGUCUUGGAGUCAAUACCGUUUGUGAUGCCACGUCGUGCUCGCCAGGGCCAUGGCAUGGCAUCAAGCGACUGGCGUUCGCGGGCCUCCUGACACAAUACCCGUGUGACGACAUGGACUCGGUUCUGAUGGACAUCAGGAACCAUCUUUUCAACGGCAAACCUUCUAUUCUGGAGUGGAUUCCCGAGGAAUCAUCUCUUCCACGUGCCUCCAGGGCUCCUUCUAUGUCAAGCAAACCUGUCUCAAAACCAAAGGCCGUCAAGCCCGUCAAGCCUGUCAAGAACAACCAGCAACCACCUAAGCGCCCUGCUGCAGUUGCUCCCUCACAGAAAAAAUUGGCAGAUCUCGCAGAAGCCGCCGCUCAGUUGGCGGACGAGCCGCUCAGCAGGACCAGAGGAGUGAAACGUCGAUACACUGAGGAAAAUCAAGAGCCACGCAGUGACAGCACUCAGACUGUCACAGAUAAGACUGUGACAGAUGAGACCUCAGAGGAGCCCGACUCCAACAAGACGGUCAAGAAGCACAAGGUUGUCUCGGACAGCAAACCCAAAACUCAGCGAAGCGCGGACAGCAAGUCUAAGAACACCAGAAACCGUAAUUCAGACAAACCGAGGGGUCCAAGCGAAUCACUCUGCCGAAACAUCAAAGACACUCUCAACAGACGCUCCGAAGACAAGAAUAACUAUGAGGCAUUCAACGACGCGAUUCUGCCUGAGAACGGGCCGGAGAUUGACCUGCCUCGUUGCGAUUUCACGGCAGAGGAACUGAAGGACAUCCGGGAGCUUCAGGAUAUUGGCGAUCGCACCGGUCUUCAUCCAGAAGAGGUCAAGCUCUGCAAGCUGUUGGCUAUGAGCUCCGACUUGUACAAGUGUCAAAAGGCACGGUGCUUCAUCGGUCUUGCGUUGUUUGUGGAGUACAACCUCGAGAAACUCGGCGAGGACAAUCCCAAGUUUAAGGUCUUGAAUGUCGGCAAAGCCCAGUUUCAACUGUUUGGAAAUGUGGAUGUCAACAAACUCAGCAAAAUGUACACUACCUUCAAAAAAUGGGGCUGGGUCGAGGACAUGACGCAGCAGAACAUCCCGCAAUCUUACAUUGAUCGGUUCCCGCAAGCUCAUCGCCUGGCGCUCAGGAACGAAGUUGCUGAAUACGAGGCAAACCUCCCCAUCGCAAAGCGCAUUUUCAAGGUCUGA